CAUGUAUUGGCUCACUUAUACACUAACUGCUAAGCAUGCUGGUAAAAUCAACUGUUUAUUUGAAUUGAAAGUUGAGACCCAGGCUGUUGGUGUAGAAGGACAAAAAAUAGCCAUUGGUCUACGACAAAUUUCAGGAACACCAUCAUGCAGCACUGAAUCUACAGAUCCUUCGAAAGCAACAAUAGAUAUAGGCGGACCAUUUUCUCCUGGUAUUAGUAUUCAAAAUAUUAUAGCCACAAAGGCUGGUUCAAGUGACUUUGCACAUAUGAAUCAUUUAAAGUAUGAAUAG